AUGACCUCGCACUUCGAGGACGACGUGCCUCCCCCGCCGUACACCGAGACGGACAUCUAUUCGGCGUCCGGCAGAGACGUGCACACGGCUGACGACGCCUCUCGGUCCACCUCGUCCACCAGCGGGGAGGUCAUUUAUACCCCUCCCCUCACUCCCCGUAGCUCUCACCAGUCCAACUUCGCUGGUGAGGUCGACCAUCUCGCAACCUCCGCUGCUGCUGCAUACUUCGAGACACGUCCGGCUCCUCGCCUGAGCAACCAACCAUUCAUCGUUCACACUAUCACUCUCCGACACGACUCCACCCCCGAUUCCCUUCCCUACCCCAGCAACCUCGCCGCCCGGGACGUCCGGCUCGAGGACUGGCAGACCUUUGUCAACUACCUCCUUCCGCACCACUCCGCUGCCGCCAACCAACAAGUUAUCGAUCGCAAACUGCGCGCCGAAGCCAUGACCGCCACCGACACCAGCACCGCCACCGUCAACAACGACGACGACGCCCGCUCGCAGUCGUCGCGACGGAGCCACGCCGAGGCGCAACUCAACCGCGCCCGGACCCCCGUCGACGCCGACCCGGCACCGGAGCCCGCCCACGUCGAGGCCACUGUUCACGAGUGGAACGACGGCUUCUUCGGUCCGCGCCGCGUCAGCAUCCGCGUUGACCUGGAGCCCCUACCCAACAAUGACAACACCGCCAGCAGCAACAACAACAACCAUGCCACAAACGAGGCAGACCCGCUGCCCGAGAAGCAGCCGCCCAUGCCCGGCGCGUGGGACCAGUCCUUUGACCAGCCGGACCAAGACCGCGGCGCGCCCAGCCGCCGCCCCGGCGCCCCCUUCCGUUCGCCGUUCGGCUUUUUCGGCGCCGGACGCGGCCGCGGCGGCUUCGGGCCCGGCGGCGCCGGCGGCGGCCGGGGCGGGUUCCGGUUCGCGGGCAUCAACAUCGAGAACGACCGCGUGUCGAUCGGGAAUACCUUCGUCGCCGACGGCCGAACUGGCUCGUUGAAGAUCGGCGGCAUCGUGGCGGAUAGUAAUGGGAUCAGCAUCAACGGGCAGCCGAUCUUUGCCGGCGCUGGUCGGGGCGGGUAUCCCGGUGGGCCGGCCCGCUCGCCGUGCGGACCGCCCGGCUUUGGGAUGGGAGGCGGCCCCGGCGCGCGCGGCCCGCCUGGCUGGGGCCCUUGGGGCGGCCGGGGCGGCUUUGGCCGAGGCAGCUGGUGGUGGGACCGGCCCCAUCCCGGCGGCGAGCACGGAGAGUUCGGCCGCGGCCGCGGGGAGCACCGCGGAGACCGCCACGAAGGCCGCCACCGGUCGCGGUCCAGCUCCGCCUCGAGCUGCUCGUCGCGCACCUCGCUCAGUUCCGUGUCCUCCGUCGGCUCGCUGCCGGACUACGACGACCUGCGCGACACGCAACUGCCCAUCACGAAGCAGUAUCUCCAGGAAUGGCUGCAGCACCCGCAGGAGAUCAUCACCAAGGAGAAGGUCAAGGCUGUGAAGGAGCAGAUCAAAGCGGCCAAGCACUCCACCGACCCGGCCGCGCUACCCUUCGACGCGACCGCCCUCCGCCGCGAGGUCAGGGACCUCCUCCGGCAAUGGAGGGAGCUCAAGAGAGAGCAGCUGCGCACCCGCAGGCAGCGCCGCCGCGAGCUCAAGAAGCAGCGCCGGCAGGCCAAGCGCGAGCUCAAGCACGCCUGGCGCGAGCACAAGCGCGCCGCCAAGGAAGCCCGGCGCGAGUGGCGCCGCGGGCACUUCUCCAUGCCGCCCAUGCCGCACCUGCCGCACAUGCCUCCCUUCCCCCCCGCUCCGCAUGCCGGCCAUGCGGGCUUCCCGCGGGGCUUCCCGGGGGGCGGCGCGUUCCCCGGUGGUCCCUGGGGCGGCGGACCGCACCACCACCACCCCCACCACCCCCCCUUCCACCACCACGGCGGUCCGGGCGCCGCCUGGCCGCCCUUCGCCGACGACCACGACCACGACCGCGACGGCCACAACGACGAGGGCAUCGACAGCACGGCGCACCAUCACGCCGCGUCGCAGGCCAAGUACGCGGCGGCGUGGGAGAUGGAGGCGCGGGUGGCGGAGAAGGAGGCCGAGCUGGCGCGGCUGCACGAGCGCAUCGCCGAGGAGCAGGAGCUACAGCAGCAGCAGCAGGGUUACCAGGGUCAGCGGGGCGGCGCGGGCGGCAAGGAGGCCGGCGGCGGCAGCAGCAGCAGCAGCAGCAAGAUGGAGGCGGAGGCACGGGCGGUGGAGCGCGAGAUCGAGGAGCUGGCCUCGGAGCUGGCGCGGUUGCGGACCGAGGCGGACGAGGAGUUCGCGAGGGAGCUGGCGGCUGCUGAGGCGGCGGAGGGGGAGGAGGAGUUUGGGAGGAGGGCGUGA